AGGGGGGAAGUGGGAAAUGUUAUGCAUCUGAAAAUGAUUUGGAGGGACUUUUUGCCAAAGUGACAACAGCUAAGACAAGGUAAUAAUUAUUAUAAACCGGAUUGUAAUAACAAUGGAUCAUCCAUUAAAGACACUAAGAGAAAAGUUGGUGAGUGAAAAAUACUUAAAAAGAAAAGUUAAGAACUUUUAUUACAAUAUACUUAGAUGAAUUUAAUGCGAUCUCUGUAAUAUUUCGGUAAGUCUCAGAUAUUUUGUGCAGUGUAGACGUUCAAUUGAAUAAUUAUUAAAGAAUCACAGGUUUCUGGUACUGUAGUAUCUACAUAUAAUUUUACUCAAGUGCAUAAAAUUGCGCGCAAUUUACAGACAAAUAUUACAAGUUAAUAUAAUAUAUAAGUCGGUACAGUGACAGAAAUUGUAUGGAAAUUUCUUGCAGUGUACUCGCUUUAUUAGACAAUUAAACGCAUUUCAUUAAAAUUUCAUCGACGAUUUUCAUGCUAUUUUUGUUGUUAUUGUCUUGGUUGUUGUCAUGCGUCUGUAUGUUGUGUGUGAUGAUGUUGGUGUUGGCUAUGAACUUGUCUUUAUGUCGCUACAGCGCUACGAGUUACAUAAAUCUCGCCAAUGAUAACGAAAAACUUGCUGGCUGUGCACAUUUUUACACAUACUAUGCAAGUGGCUCAUCCAAAAAGUAUUGUUUGAAAGUUUUGACCGACUGCGAAGCGAGCUUGAUCGAGUCUUUGACAUGUCGCAGCAAGUUUCAUUUCUCGAUUCGAAUGUCAACGGUGAACAAGUGCAAAAGUCAGACGUCGCAGUGUAUCAACGGAGACUCUUAUAUUGGAUACGAAUAGAUCACAGGAUAUACAAACAUAAAAUAUACAUAUAUACGCAUACAUACUCUAUCUAUUAUAGAGUGUUGUUUAAAAUGGACUUUGGUGAAUUUCGCGAAUUUGGUCACGCUUCCAUUGAGUUCAUAAUCAACUACUUGAGCAGCAUACGUGAGAGAAAUGUGCUAUCCAACGUGUUGCCUUACGAUGUCAUCAAUCAGCUGCCUAGGCAAAUACCAGAGCAACCCGAGCACUGGCGACAAAUACUUGAAGAUCUGGAACAUAUUAUCCUGCCCGGAUUGACCCACUGGCAAUCGCCCUACUUUAAUGCCUUUUUUCCGUCAUCCACAUCCGCUGGCUCUAUAAUAGGAGAGCUGCUUAUAGCGGGCAUAGGAGUCUUGGGAUUUAGUUGGAUCUGCAGUCCGGCUUGCACGGAGCUGGAAGUCGUCGUUAUGGAUUGGCUAGCCAAGUUUCUGAAUCUUCCCAAACACUUUCUACACGAAAAUGAGGGACCUGGUGGCGGUGUCAUUCAAGGCUCUGCCAGUGAGGCAGUGCUAGUGGCUGUGCUCGCCGCCAGAGAGCAGGCAGUGCGACGUCUGCGACUCAGCCAGCCAGAGCUGAGCGAGAGUGAGAUUAGGGGCAAACUAAUUGCCUAUUCAUCGGAUCAGAGCAACAGCUGCAUUGAGAAGGCGGGCGUCUUGGCGGCCAUGCCCAUCAAGCUGCUGCCAGCCGGCGCGGAUCUUGUGCUGCGUGGCGAUGCACUGAAGCAGGCCAUUGAGCAAGAUGUAGCGGCAGGUCUCAUACCAGUCAUCUGCAUAGCUUCGCUAGGUACCACAGGCACGUGUGCCUACGACGACAUUGAAUCUCUGGCCAGCAUCUGUGAACAGAAUGAGGUGUGGCUGCAUGUGGAUGCGGCAUAUGCUGGCGGUGCCUUUGCUCUGGAGGAAUGCUCGGAGCUGCGUCGGGGCUUGGAGCGUGUGGACUCGCUUAACUUUAAUCUACAUAAAUUUAUGCUAGUCAACUUUGAUUGCGCCGCCAUGUGGUUGCGCGAUGCCAACAAGGUGAUUGACAGCUUCAAUGUGGAUCGCAUCUAUCUAAAGCACAAGCACGAGGGUCAGACGCAGAUUCCAGACUUCCGCCAUUGGCAGAUUCCGUUGGGUCGUCGCUUUCGCGCUCUGAAAGUGUGGAUCACGUUCCGCACACUUGGAGCUGAGGGCCUGCGAGCUCACAUACGCAAACACAUCACAUUAGCUAAACAGUUCGAGGAUCUGGUGAAGGCAGACGAACGUUUCGAGUUGAUUGCUCCGCGUGCUCUGGGACUGGUUUGCUUCCGGGCGAAGGGUGACAAUGAAAUCACAUCACAGCUGCUGCAGCGCCUAAUGGAGCGCAAGAAGAUUUACAUGGUGAAGGCGGAACAUUGUGGGCGGCUUUUCCUGAGAUUUGCCGUAUGCGGCAUGGAUCCAAAACCUUCGGACAUUGAAUUUGCCUGGACGGAAAUCCAAACACAGCUCACAUCGGUGUGCGCAGAGCAACAGGUGAAUACCCGCAAGGCUGGCGAACUAUCCGAGCUUACAACCCAUUUAAGUGGAUUACAUGUGACAAAUGAAACGCAACAGCGUUAGUUUUAAAUAAGAACAAAAGAUACUUCACAUACAUAUACAUGCAGACAAUAUUUAAAUUAAUUAACCUGGUCCAAGCGUUGGCAAAGUAAU